CAAACUACCUUAAAUUACCACUCUAUAUACUUCAAUUCAUACUAUACUAAUACAAUAGUUAUAUAUGGAGAAGAAGAAUAUUGAUAAAACCCACUACAAGAAGCAGCAGCAAUCAUCGUCUUCCUCCUUUGCCACUGAUCUGUUUGGUCCCAAAGUUUCCUCGGAAUCCUCGACCUCUUCCGCUGGCCUCUUCGAAUCUGUUUUUGGUCCUUUCUCCAUGGGAUUGAGGAGGCCAUCCACUUAUAAUGGAGUUAUGUAUAGCAAUACUACCAAAAGUGGAACUCCAGAUGGUGCAACUAAAAGAGGCAUGGAUUACAAGAACAAAAGCUCCAUGUCUGAGGUUGGUGAAAGAGCAGAAACACCAUGCAAUUUCAGUUCAUCAAUAUACUAUGGUGCCCAGGAAGUUUAUUCCCCAACAACCAGCCACACCACUCACCAUACUAAUUAUUUCAAGAAAGAGGAAGUAGAAGAUGAUGAAAAUGGGAACAAUUCAAACUGUGCUUCAAGAGGAGAUUGGUGGCAGGGAUCACUCUACUAUUGAUGGAUGAAACCUUAAAAGACAAUCUCACUACAGCAAGGAGCUAGACAACUAACUAACAAUUACAAUGUCUCAGUUUCUUUGUGUUUUUUUUUCCCUUUUUACUGCUUUCAGAAUAAUAUAAGCUAGGUUAUAUAUUGCAGACAUCCUUGUACUUAUCCCAUAUAUAUGUCUCAAAUAAAUGGAUUAUGUUAAAAAAGUUGCUACAUGCUUCUUUUU